UCGCAGUGAAAUUGUUCCCUCCCACUUGUUAUCAUUACAUUAAGAUGAAGCGUCUUCUAAUAUCAUCUAAUUUAACUGCUGCAGAGCAAGAAGAUGUUUUUCACAUUUUAUUUGCUGCUGACACUCACUUUAGGACGAUGCACAGAUGAUGUGAUCGUUGAGAUGAAGACUGUUGGUGUUGGAGAUGAUGUGACUCUGACCUGUACCCGCCAGAAAGCUCAAGAUGGAACAACAGCCUUGUUUUGGAUCAGGGUUGUUUCUGGAAACUUACCUGAAUUCUUGGGGGCAACAUAUACCUUUGAUUAUAAGGGUAUUAAUCAGACUCCUCGCAUCACAGCAAAACAAGGACCUGGAACGUUUCUUCUCCAUAUUAAAGAAACAAAGCGAAGUGAUACUGGACUUUACUACUGUGUAAAAGUAUACCUACGUGACAUGAAAUUUCUGAAUGCAACAUUUCUAAUAAUUAAAGGAUCAGAACCUGAUAUCACUGCUGUCAUUCAGGAGCCUCCAUCUGAUUCAGUCCAUCCAGGAGACUCAGUGACUCUGCAGUGUUCAGUCCUCUCUGACCCUGAAGACAAAACAUGUCCAGGAGGUCCCAGUGUGUUCUGGUUCAAAGCUGGAUCAGAUGAAUCUCAUCCCAGUGUCAUUUACACUCAUGGAGACUCUGGUGAUGGAUGUGACAAGAGUCCUGAGGCUCACGCUCCACAGAAAUGUGUCUACAGCUUCUCUAAGAACGUCAGCUCCUCUGAUGCUGGGACUUAUUACUGUGCUGUGGCCACAUGUGGGGAGAUAUUAUUUGGAAAUGGAACAAAACUGGACACUGAAGCCCCUAACAUGCAGGAGGACAAUACAGUUCUGCUUCUGUUAUGUGCUGCUUUGGCUCUAAGUCUGAUUGUUAUAACCUGCCUGAUUUUUACCAUCAACAAAAAUUCUUGUGGUUGUUGCAAAGACACUGUGACCACUGCUGGGCAGAAAAAUCAGCAUUUAAGGAUGUUAAUGAGAGUUGAGGACACUUGGGUUUAUUCUGCUGUCGUCUUCACCACCAUGAGAACUGACAGCAGUGGAACGAGGGACGCAAACUCAUCAGAGAGAGAGAGGAUCUACGCUGCUGUCAAGGCUUUUGGGUUGGAUUAGAAGUUCAGUCAAUCACAGCCAAAAAUCUCUGUGUAAAAUGAGUUAUUACAUGCUAAACGCAUUCUGCAAUUAACAAAAAACUUUUCAUGUUGUGUAUCUUUUAAGCCUGCAAGUUAUUAAAGUCCAACUGAAAUCACAUUUAGUCAUCCAUUCUUGAGAUCAGAAAUGAAUUAAAAUUUAAAUAUAUCCUGGCCAGCAUCUGAACAAACAGACCUGACAUUUUGACACACCUUGUUCAGUUAGUCCUGUUUUCUUGUUCUCUGCUGUGUACUGUG